GGGCUCUUUGUGGGACCCGGAGCUCGGUGGAUAGCAGAGAGCUUGGUCUGCACUGCCGACGCCGCUGGCAGCGAGGCUGUCUCCGGAAGGCGGACCGGCGCUAGCCCAGUGCCCGCUCUUGGCUGCCCGCUGCUCUCCUCUGCGCCCCUGCCAAUCUCAUUCAGGACGUAGUGACCGUUUUUUUGUUUUGUUUUGUUUUGCUUUGUUUUUCUUAAUCACAAGGGCGUGGGUCAGCCUCCCCUAGGACUUCAUGUCUGUAUAUUUCCCUAUUCACUGCUCUGACUAUCUGAGAUCGGCUGAGAUGACCGAGGUGAUGAUGAACACUCCAUCCAUGGAAGAGAUUGGGCUCAGCCCCCGCAAGGAUGGCCUUUCCUAUCAGAUCUUUCCCGACCCAUCAGAUUUUGACCGUUGCUGCAAACUGAAGGACCGCCUGCCCUCCAUAGUGGUGGAACCCACAGAAGGGGAGGUGGAGAGCGGGGAGCUCCGGUGGCCUCCUGAGGAAUUCCUGGUCCAGGAGGAUGAGCAAGACAACUGUGAAGAGACAACAGAAGAAAAGAAGGACCAGUAGAGUCCUGGCAGCGUGCUCCUCUGGGUCAUGGCGGCCAGCAUACCUGAACUGUUUUUCCCAUGGUGGUGGAAGAAGAGAGCGAGUCACAGUCAUUCUGAAAAUGUCAAAUGAGGCUUCCGUUUUGCACCUGAAAAUCACCGAGUCGGUUUUCUUUUCUUUCAUUUUUUUGUCUUUUUUUUUUUUUUAAUUCGUUGAGCAAUGGAACCCUCUGAGAAAGGAAGCUGCUGAGAACAGGGGUGGGGGUGGGGGAAGGGGUGCUGCUUCUCAGAUCCCUAUCUGAACUCUAGUGCCAGAGGCAGUGCGUGCGUGCAAGCGUGCGUGUGUGUGUGUGUGUGUGUGUGUGUGUGUGUGUGUUGGUGGGGUCGCUGAUCUGGCUGAGGGCUAGAGCAAAUGAGCAAGAAGUAUUUUGGAUUAAAACAAUAACAACAACAACAACGAAACAAAACACACCCCGUACUUUCAAAAGUGAGCUACAGCCAGCAAGGGCUGCUCUUUCCACCGUUUGUUCUGGCUACUGGGGUGUCUGACAACCAAGUCUUUAUCUCUGCUCUGUGGCUCACAGCCACCAGUCUUGGCUUUCAUUUUAAGUGUGUUUGGUCGCCCACAAAAAAAUAGGGCCAGGAGAAACUGCCUAGAAAGCCAGAAGGAGGAACACACAGGCAAAGACGAUUCUAGCUGUCCUUCCCACAGAUGGCUCCAGCUGGUUCAGGCUCACAGAGCCCCCAGGGACCUGGAAGGCUUUAAGGCAUUGUACUUUUGAGUUUUUCUCCCUAUUCACCCUCUUUUGCCUCCCAGUAUAUAGGGGGAACAGCCAGAGCACUUCCUGCCCUUGUGGGACAUUCCAAGGCUGCAGCCUGAACAGGGAGCACCUCCUCCCACUGUGGGUCUCCCAGGAAUUCUUUGGAGCAUAAGGGCAAAAGGAUAGGCUUUCCAAAGCCUGCCCUUCCUCCUCCUUUGGCCACAGCAGUCAGGUGGACGGUCCUCAGCUCUGCUGUGGCCCAGCAUCGUCCAUCUGACCUGCAGCAUGACCACUCUGAUGGGGUUCCUAGCCUCGCUUCCAUGGGCGCUAAAAGCAGAGUGUGUUUCCUGGUUGGGAAAUUGGCUAGCAGGCUUCCAUGCAGGGUCCUGGGUGGUGGCGCAUUGAUAUGCCGAGGUUCCCAGGUGGGUACCAGGCCUCCAGUGGAAUAGCUGUGAGAUCCAGUUUGAAACAGUAGUUGUUGUGAAAUCACUGCUUCUCAUGUUGCUCCUGAGCACAGGUUGAGAGAAGAUAUGGGGUGCACUAGGGUAUCCUUGUAGAAUAGCAGCCUUUAUUCCUUACCUGCCUUACCUGUCUCUGGAAAAAGCAGCAGUUGCAUGGGGAAAUUAACAUCUGGACUUAGCCUCUGAUCAUAGCUCAGAACCUUCUGGAAUAGCGGGGUAGAGGACAGAAUUUUUAAAGCAGGACUGUUUGGUCAAGAGGUGGACUUAAGGCCUUCCUUGGGCUUCACUUAGCCAGCUGAGGCACCCACAAUGUCCCCUCACGUCUCUGUCAGUCCAGGUUGACCCCCAUCUUUGGAAUAGUGUGUCUGGUUCUAUUUAAUACCUCAAAGUCAGUGUGGCUCUGGGCCACGUUGGGGAGAGCAUGGGGGUGUGCUGUUGACACGGCACUCAGCAAGGUUGGGUCUGGGAUGCCGAUGGUCACCCUCCUCCCCCUGCCUCUUCCCUCUGUCGUCUGCCUGUGAUACACACCGAUGGCAAUAACUUUUUUCCGGCUCCUUGUAGUAGUGGGAGAGGGCUGUGGCCAGCCCCAUGGUGGGGGAGUGUCUCUCUCUUGCUUCCACUCUGCUCUGUUUUGGCUACAGAGAUCUGUUCGUCCCACACCCCUCUCCCAAAGCAUUUCUCAUCCCUCGCCUCCCCUUAUGGACAGGUGUCUGGCCUUUUAAAUCCCCCUGUUUUGGUGUCUUCUCACCCCUACCCCAAUUAUCUGUCUUGGUCUUGCCGUGUGAUGGGUUGUGCUUGUAAAUCCAGUAUCAAAUCAGCUUUGUGUAUAUGUGUGUCUAUGGGGUGGCUUCUUCCUUUUGCUGGUCACUAGACCAUGUUGUACAACCGUGUGCUGUCUGAGCAGGUCAAGGGCUGACCGUUAACGUCAGGCCCCUCAGCGGUUGAGCCUGUUGGGGGGACCCAGCUACUCUUGGACAAGUGGCUGAGCUCCUGUCUGGCCUCCUCUUUUUCUCUUCCUCUUCCUCCUCCUCUUGCUCUCCCUCCUCCUCUUUAAGUAAUUUGUGUGUAUUUCUAACUGAUCGUAUUGAAAAAAAAAUCCUAGUAUUUCAGUGACAUGCCUGUUGUGAGAUGAACCUCCUGUGACUUCUGUCUGUUCUGUAUUGAGGCUCAGGGAGAAACUAGCAUUUUUUUUUCCAAACUACUUUUUGUCACUGUGACAAUUGUAAAUAAAGUUUGAAAAUGCUUUCCA